CUCGAUGUUCUUCGUUGACGUUUCUCCUUUUGACAGUUUGUUUGACAUAUGCUUUUGGUACCUAUUUGCCAUUUUUCUCGAUUAUUUAUAAAUUGCGCAACGAAAAACAAAGAUGCCUCCGCGGAAAGGUCGCGUUAAGAAGGAGGGCCCCGAGUCGGGGGAAGAUUCUGACGAGUACAGGAAGAAACGAGACCGGAACAAUCUGGCGGUGAAGCGGAGUCGAGUCAAGUCGAAGCAAAAAACGCAGGAGACCCUCAAUAGGGUCACGAUGUUGAGGAACGAGAACACGGUUCUGGAGGAGAAGGUGAAGACGUUGACUAAGGAGUUGGGAUUUUUGAAGGAGUUGUUUAUUGCCCAUGCGGCUAAUAACGUGGAUUCAUCAAAGUUCGAAGGGGUUGAUUUGCAGAGGCUGUUAGAGGAAGAUACAAGUGCAGAGACUAGUGGUGAUAAUAAGUAAGGGAGGGGCUGUUUGUUUGUAUUAAGGGGAACAAAGUACAAUUUUUGUUGAGAGCUUACUGAAAUUUAUUUUGUAAGGUAGUAGUACUUUUUAUCGUUUGUUUUUUUUUUUAUAUGUAUUGAGGAAGUUUCAAAGGAUUUUAUCAGUUAGAUUGAAACUUUGAAGUGUUAAUAUUUUAACAAAUGGGUGCAUUAUAUUUGGAUUUUAAGUUAUUAAAAUUGUCCACAUUUUGGUGGACCAUUGUAUUAUGAUGUGUGAUUAUUCUCUAUUGUAUAAUGAAAAUAAAAUUAUUUUAAUAACUGAAAAAUAA